CGGUACUUGUGGGAGGUUGCUGCGCCCAGCCCCGCGCGGAGGAGGUCUGGGGCCUCGACGGCCGGCUGCUUGGAGCGUCCGCCAUGAGGAGAAGUGAGGUGCUGGCAGAGGAGUCGAUAGUAUGUCUCCAGAAAGCUCUGAAUCACCUUCGGGAAAUCUGGGAAUUAAUUGGGAUUCCAGAGGACCAGCGGUUACAAAGAACUGAGGUUGUAAAGAAGCAUAUCAAGGAAGAAGGAGAGACGACCAUCUUGCAGCUAGAAAAGGAUUUGCGCACUCAGGUAGAGCUGAUGCGAAAACAGAAGAAGGAACGAAAACAGGAGCUCAGACUACUUCAAGAACAAGAUCAAGAGCUGUGUGAGGUUCUUUGCAUGGCCCACUAUGACAUCGACAGCACCUCAGUUCCCAGCUUAGAAGAGCUGAGCCAAUUUAGACAGCACGUGGCCUCGCUGAGGGAAACAAAGGCGUCUAGACAUGAGGAGUUUGUCAACAUAAAGAGACAGAUCAUCCUGUGUAUGGAGGAAUUAGAUCACACCCCAGACACAAGCUUUGAAAGAGAUGUGGUGUGUGAAGAUGAAGAUGCCUUUUGUUUAUCUCUGGAGAAUAUUGCAACACUACAAAAGCUGCUUCGGCAGCUGGAAAUGCGAAAAUCACAAAAUGAAGCAGUGUGUGAGGGUCUGCGAGCUCAGAUCCGAGAGCUCUGGGACAGGUUGCAGAUACCUGAAGAAGAGAGAGAAGCUGUGGCCACGGUUAUGACCGGGUCAAAGGCCAAGGUCAGGAAAGCGCUGCAAUUGGAAGUGGAUCGGUUGGAAGAACUGAAGAUGCAAAACAUGAAGAAAGUGAUCGAGGCAAUUCGAGUGGAGCUGGCUCAGUACUGGGACCAGUGUUUCUACAGCCAGGAGCAGAGACAGGCUUUUGCCCCCUACUAUGCGGAGGACUACACGGAAAAUCUGCUCCAGCUCCAUGAUGCUGAGAUCGUGCGGUUAAGAAACUACUAUGAGGUUCACAAAGAACUCUUUGAAGGUGUCCAGAAGUGGGAAGAAAGCUGGAGACUUUUCUUGGAGUUUGAGAGAAAAGCUUCAGAUCCAAGUCGAUUUACAAACCGUGGAGGAAAUCUUCUAAAAGAAGAAAAGCAACGAGCCAAACUUCAAAAAACACUCCCCAAGUUGGAAGAGGAGUUGAAGGCACGGAUUGAAAUGUGGGAACAGGAGCAUUCGAAGGCAUUUGUGGUGAAUGGGCAGAAAUUCAUGGAGUAUGUGAUGGAGCAAUGGGAGAUGCAUCGACUGGAGAAGGAGCGAGCCAAGCAAGAAAGACAACUCAAGAACAAGAAGCAGACAGAGACAGAGAUGCUCUAUGGCAGUGCUCCCCGAACCCCCAACAAGCGGCGAGGACUGGCCCCCAACACACCAGGCAAAGUGCGCAAGCUGAACACUACCACCAUGUCCAACGCUACGGCCAACAGCAGCAUUCGGCCGGUCUUCGGGGGGACAGUCUACCGUUCGCCCGUGUCUCGACUCCCACCUUCUGGCAGCAAGCCAGUCACCACUUCCACUUGUUCGGGGAAAAAAACACCCCGUGCUGGGAGGCAUGGAGCCAACAAGGAGAACCUGGAGCUCAAUGGCAGCAUCCUGAGCGCGAGAACUUUCAAAGGCUUCCAAAUCUGAUGCUACUUCUCGAAUCCUCAAUUCGACCAACAUCCAGUCCUGAGAAGCCCUGAUCAGUCAGCUGCUGUGGCUUCCUGUGCUUAGACUAGAUCUGAUUAUACAGGGGGGGAAUCUUUCUUGAGGGUAGGUGUGCUUGAAAAUCUGGUUCCACUGCCACGGGCCUCACGACAGAAGUGAAUGAGAGGCACAGAUGAAAAUCCAUCAGAGGUUUAGUGGGUCUUCAACAACCUGAUUUUGUUUUGACCCAAGAAAUACAUUAAGACUUAGUUGAUAGCGGUAAGUGCAAAUUUUAGUGGAUGGAACCUGAUUUCUUUGCCCCAUAAUUCUACUUGCUGAAGCACGAUCAAGGGCUUGUUGUAUGUCACCGUUGUGUAGGAAA